UCCAUCCGUCCAGACGCAGCAGCGCGCAGUAUACCCAUCAACCUGAUCUGAAGAAUCGAAAAUAGGAGGGCUUAUAGUAAUCAGCCCCUUCAGACUCCCAUGACAAGGAAAAAAAAAGUGUGGCAAACGUUUUAUGGGAGCGCUCACAGCACACACAGCAGGACGCACGCUACUGGAGCUCACUGCGCGCAAAGCAACACAACCAACCAGAUAGGAGACGCAGAGAGACGGAGAGAGACGGUGGACGGUGGAUGCAUCCAGUGACGGAUGCGUUUUUGAGCUAAAACUCGGACGUUUUGGAGACUGAGAAACAACGAGAGUCAGAGAGAGAGCGAGAGACAGGACGGGACAUAUUUUUUUUUUGGAGGGAUUGAACAGAGUGCCGUUGUGCUCUAGUCUUCUCCGGAUGCUCAGAAAUGGGGGAAUGGACUAUACUAGAGAGGCUCCUGGAGGCUGCUGUCCAGCAGCACUCUACUAUGAUAGGAAGGGAGGCAGAAAGAGAUGGAGAGUCGGCGUUAUCAAAGCUUUCCAUUAACGCACACAGGAUCCUACUAACAGUGGUGGUCAUCUUCCGGAUUCUAAUCGUAGCAAUAGUUGGAGAGACUGUCUAUGAUGACGAGCAAACCAUGUUUGUUUGUAACACCUUGCAACCGGGCUGCAACCAGGCAUGCUACGACAAGGCAUUUCCCAUUUCACACAUUAGAUAUUGGGUUUUUCAGAUCAUCAUGGUGUGCACGCCGAGUCUUUGCUUUAUCACGUACUCGGUGCACCAGUCGGCCAAGCAGAAGGAGCGACGCUACUCGACGGUGUAUCUGACACUAGACAAGGAUCAAGACUCGCUGAAGAGAGACGAGAGCAAAAAGAUCAAGAACACAAUCGUCAAUGGAGUACUUCAGAACACGGAGAACUCCACUAAAGAAGCCGAGCCGGACUGCUUGGAAGUCAAAGAGAUCCCUAACUCGGCCAUGAGAACUACAAAGUCCAAAAUGCGUCGCCAGGAGGGCAUCUCCAGGUUUUACAUCAUCCAGGUGGUGUUCAGGAACGCGCUGGAGAUUGGCUUCUUGGUGGGUCAGUAUUUCUUGUACGGAUUCAACGUGCCGUCGGUGUACGAGUGCGAUCGCUACCCAUGCAUCAAAGACGUCGAGUGCUACGUGUCCAGACCCACGGAGAAGACCGUGUUCCUGGUGUUCAUGUUCGCGGUGAGCGGGUUCUGCGUGGUGCUGAACUUGGCCGAACUCAACCACUUGGGUUGGAGGAAAAUCAAAACGGCUGUGAGAGGCGUGCAAGCUCGACGGAAGUCCAUUUACGAGAUCAGAAACAAGGACUUGCCCAGGAUGAGUGUGCCCAAUUUUGGACGCACUCAAUCCAGUGACUCUGCUUAUGUGUAAAAAGGAAGAAAAAGAUGUAUAAAAAAAAGAAAUUAUGAUGGACAUGAUGGGACAGCUCCGCACGCCUAAAAAUUCAUGACUUUUUAAAAGAGUGGGCUUUUUGAUUUGUUGUAAGGACUUUUCAUGGCAAGCGUGAGAGGUGUUACACGUUUGUUUACUUAUUUAUUAUUGCACUGAUGCAACUUUUUAGUAAUGUUUAUACUGUGUAAGACGCUUAAAAAGGAGACUGUGUUCACAUCAUUUACUCUUUGUGGGCUGCUGUACUUGAAGAGAGUAAAAAAUGCAAAAAAAUUGCACUAAAGAGGUGAACACUGGGGGGGCCUGACCUUAUCCAAAAUGUGCUAUACUGACCUGAUGGUGUUUUUUUAAGACAUUUUUCUUUCCACCUGUUUUUUUUUUUGGCAUAAACCUAAUUAAAUGGCACCAAAAGGACAAAUCUUUAUCAUCCUGAUUUAUAUAUGCAUUAGAUAUAUAAAUCCUUUACUGGCUUAUGGUUCUAUGACCUCUAGUUGAAAUACAUCAAGCGUACAAUUCAUGUUUUAUUUUAUGUUGCCUGUGUUGCACCACUGACCUUAACAUAUGUAACCAUUCCAUUGCUUUAUAGCUGACUUGCAAAACAGUAUCUGGUGAAUUUUGCUGCAAAACGCUAACGUCUGUGACUUCCUUAAUUUAUGACACACCAAAGCGCCCACUGCUUUUUAUUUGUGAAGUGUUUUUUUUCUUGCUUUUUGUGUAAUCAAGUGCCAUACUUGUAUAUAAACAUGAUAUAUAUGUAUACAUAUAAAUAUAUAAAUAUAUAAUAAUCAUCAUGAAAGCUGAUUCCCUGCUUGGAUUAUGCUAAAUGCCGCCCCCGAAUUUUUUUAUUUGCUUUAAAUGUAUUUGUUGUGAUUUAAAUGAAGAAGAAAAAAUAAUAAUACUAAGACAUACAGUUUUCUCUGUUUUAUUUUGCAAAAAUAACUGGAAAAAGAAAUGAAAGUGCUAGUCUUUUUUUAUAUAUACAAGAAGUAAAUGUUUCCUCCCUAAUCGAAGCUGAUCGAAACUGAAAAAAAUAGCACAAAUUGACAUUUUUAUCAAAGGACGGGCAAUAGAAAUCUGCUCUGGUGCUACAGUUUUUCAUAGUGGUUUAAAUGUAACCGAAACAAACCAGAAGAAAACACAAACAUCAUUUUUUUCUGUGGAAAAUAAAAGUGGGAUUCAUGUACACCA